AUGUCGGAAACGGCUCCUGCUGCACCCGCUGUCCCGGCCCCUGUGGAGAAGUCUCCGGCCAAGAAGAAGGCGAAGAAGCCGGCGGGGGGAGCGAAACGCAGGGCUGCGGGACCCUCGGUGUCCGAGCUGAUCACCCAGGUGGUGUCGGCGUCCAAGGAGCGCAAUGGGGUGUCUCUGGCCGCCCUUAAAAAAGCGCUGGCUGCCGCCGGCUACGACGUGGAGAAAAACAACAGCCGCAUCAAGCUGGGGCUCAAGAGCCUGGUCGCCAAAGGCACCUUGGUGCAGACCAAAGGCACCGGUGCCUCGGGCUCUUUCAAGAUCAACAAGAAAGCGGCCGGCUCCGAAGGCAAGUCCAAGCUGAGAGCCAAGAAACCGGCUGCCGCGACUAAGCCCAAGAAAUCAGCAAGCGCUGCCAAGAAGCCCAAGAAGCCUGCGGCUUCCGGGGCCAAAAAGAGCGUGAAAAGGACCCCGAAGAAAGCUAAGAAGCCAGGGGCGGUUGCAGCCAAGAAAGCGGCCAAGAGCCCGAAAAAGACCAAAGCCGUCAGACCUAAAAAAGCGGCUAAAAGCCCCGCCAAACCUAAAGUGGUGAAGUCUAAAGCAGCCAAGCCAAAGGCUGUGAAACCGAAAACCACCAAGCCCAAGAAGGCGGCCGCGUCCAAGAAGAAGUAA